AUGGAGACUGUAUCGGUAGCCGCCGCCGCCGUCGCCGCGUCGCCCGUGCCGGUGGCGCCCACGCCCGCCGACUUGGCGUCGCCCGCGGCGUCCUCGCCGGCCUCGAGCUCCGGCGGAGAGGAGCCGAGCGAGAAACUGCCGCCCGCCGCGCCGGUGCUCAAGCCGCUGGAUCCGGCGAGCGCCCCCACGGCCACCGGCAACGCGCACGGCCUGGCCGGCGCCUUUGGGAUGAUGAAAGAUCGCGCGGCCACGGCCAAGAAGACGCUCGGGCCGCAAUUACUCAACAUGAAGGACAUGACGAGCAAGAAGUUGGAGAAGUACCAGCCCACGAUCGUCAAGGCCAAGACGUCCGCCACUGCAGGCUUGACGACAGCGGCGAGUAAGAUGAAGGAGGGAUCCACUCAAGGCUGGAGCAUGUUGAAGACCAAGCUGGCGGCGGCGGGGCCUGUGGCCGAGAGGAUCCACACCAUGGGGCUCAACGUCAUGACGGACAUUUAUCUGGGAGACACCACAGUGGAGGCGCUCGUAUGCGUGGAGGACCCAAGGAGUGUCAGCUGCUUUUUUCUGGAGAAGUACAAGACUUCCAAUGUACCGGUUCCGGCCGAAUCACCUUCGAAGGCGGCGAUGGGGCUCUUGAGAAUGUCACGAGCUAUCAGCAACUCCAGCACUCAUUCGGUUGAGAAUGAGGCAGCACCAACCACACCAGCGAGCCAGUGCUUCGCCACGCCUUACGUACUGGGCACCAUCCUGCUCUUCUGCGGCGACCUGCCCGUCCUAGCUCGAGUAUCCUGCGUGAAUAAAGCUUGCAGGGACUUUAUCGCCUCAGAGCGAAAACUGGAGAAGUUCUGCGUACGCUACGGCUAUCUCCCGCCCAGCAUCCGCUUCGCGUACUGGGAGAAAACGACCAAGUUCGGCAAGACGCGUGAGGCGUCCGAGUUUGACUACGACACGUACUUGCAGAUGGCGUUGUCCAAGGGCGACACGACGGAGUUGAUCAUGACGGACGUGCGCCGCACGUACGGCCGAGUGGCGCCUCACAAGCGAGCGGCCAAUCACAAGGACGAAGUGUCGGAGGAAGACUUGACCACACAACUGAGCGAGAUUCUGCACGCGUUGGCGGGCCGAUUCCCAGCGGUUGGGUACUGUCAGGGCAUGGAUUACAUCGCUGCUCACGUGCUGUACAAGGUCAAGAAGAGCGGCUCCGCUGCUGAUACCAAGGCCGAAGCGGAGAGUACCUUCUGGUUACUGGUGACUCUGUUCGAGCGCUAUGGGUUGCACGACAUGUUUGCUCCGGGGCUGCACACGCUGCACGUGCAUUGCUUCCAGACGCAGAGGCUGCUGGAGCUGACAGAGCCCGCUCUGGCCGAGCAUUUCGCUAGCGAGAAGAUGCCGAUCGAGAUGUUCGCCGUCGGGUGGUUCCAGACGCUGUAUUUGUACCUGAACGUGCUGCCCGCCGAGGCGUUGGAUCGGAUCUGGGAUAUCUUCCUCUUUGAACGGAACUGGAAGAUCAUGCUGCGAGUGGCGGUGGCGCUACUGCAGCUGUCCAAUGAGUUCGUCAUGGACAAACCCAUCGACGAGAUCAUGCAGUUCUUCAACACAUUCGCUGACAAGGCGGACGACCUGCUCGCAGAAGCGCCGCUGACCGAGCGUGCGCUGCGCCUCAAGGUGACAAAUGCGGUGCUCACUAAGUUGCAGAAGCAGCAUAUCAAGGCCAAGCGAGCGUCCCCCACCAAGACGCAGACGUUCAGCUAA